GCACGCGUCAAAAGUCUAACAAAAGUCUACUUAAACCAAAGGGAUGGUGCCCAACCUGGAAAGUCCUCUGUAUAUAUUUUCUUAACUGCUUAUGGAUGUUCUCUGUCACCUGCGGAUUCUUUUUAUAGAACGGAUUGAACGUGUGGACAAAUAUGUGAAAACUGACGACACAUUCAGACAGAUAUAACGUUCGCUAGUUUCCCAAGGGUGCAACAUUUUUUCAGCUCAACGUGAUGUAUGGCCAAAUGUAUUAUUCAUAAAAUAUGUACCUGGCAUCGGAUAUAAACUUCUCUCUGCUCUUCUCCGUGACUUUGCUGAACAACAGUUGCCUGUUCCUCUGGGGUUCGGGUCCGUCUGACCGAGUACCCGCUAGAAACCACCGUCUACGGAACGACAACAGGUACAAAAAAAGUUUUUGCUUUUCUGUCAGUGUCCGCAUGCGCAGUUAAGUGUCAUAUGUCGCGCUCAUUCACGUUGAGCAAUCUUUGGUUGAGCUCUUGCUGCUUCAGCUGUCACCACUGAGGUAUAAUAAGAACGGCUGUCACUGUGCUCAACCCCCUUUCUUUCUCUUCUCAUGCUGAGGGAACAUGGGGUUGAUCACCGGAGUUAUUGCUUUCUUUUACCACUUACCUCAAAUAUACAAAUGGCUAUUCAAGCCUUAUUACAUCUUGUCUAUAUUGAUGUCCGCCGCAUUCCUCAUACUUCGCAAGUGUCCGGGACUUUGCGAAAACCUCAACACAGAACGGGAGGACGGGAACCCAUGCGACUUUGACUGGAGAGAAGUGGAGAUUCUUAUGUUUCUCAGUGCGAUUGUCAUGAUGAAGAACAGAAGAGCCAUCACAUUAGAGCAGCAUGCAGGGAACCUGUUUAUGUUCAGUAAGGUGGCCAACGUCAUCCUCUUCUUCAGGCUGGACAUCAGACUGGGCAUCUUCUACUUCGCUCUGUGUAUUGCAUUCGUCAUGACCUGUAAACCGCCACUCUACAUGGGCCCAGAGUACAUCAAGUACUUCAGUGAAAAGACCAUAGAUGAGGAGCUGAAUCAUGAUACUCGCGUGACGUGGAUCGUUGAGUUCUAUGCUAACUGGUCUCCCGAGUGCCAGUCCUUCGCCCCCGUCUUUGCCGACCUUUCCCUCAAGUAUAACUGUGCAGGACUGCGGUUUGGGAAGAUAGACGCUGGCCGGUACGGAGAGGUGGCUCAGAGGUACAAGGUUAGCACCUCCCCUCUGGCCAAGCAGCUCCCCACAUUGGUGCUUUUCCAGUCAGGGCGGGAGGUCAUGAGACGUCCAAUGGUGGACAAUAAGUGUCGAGCAGUGUCCUGGACUUUCAGCGAGGAGAACAUCAUCCGCGAGUUCAACCUGAACGAACUCUUCGAGGCAUCAAAGAAGAUAAAGGGUCGUGGCGAGAACAGCCCCUUACCACCAGAGGGCAGCGAAGAGCCUCAACCUGAACCGGACACCCCAGCAGAGAGCAAGAAAGACCAGUAGCAACUAAGGGAGAACAGGGACUAGAUUCCUCUACCAGUCGUGCACACAGUUCACUGCUAGUCAUAUAAUCUGCCCUUGUCUGUUAUAUCGCUGUUUUACUAUCAGACUACUAGUAUAAAUUAAUUCAAGACUUUGGGCAGAAUGAGCCAUCUAAAACGGAAACAUCUAACCGUCCUAAUUAUUGAUGCCUUAAGGUCCAAUGCAGCAGUUCAAUAGAUUAAGAUUAUUCUGCGUAACAAUGAAGUACCUAAAUUGUGAUCAAUUUAAAACAAAAUGGUUUAAAAAAAAAGAAACAAAUAGCAAAAUUCUUGCUUGAGAAAUUUCUAAGACUUUCUGGGAGUGGUUUGAGUGGGGAAGGGAAAACUAGUUAUUGGUACCCCACCCCACAUAGCCUGGUUCCUUUCUAGGUUUCUUCCUAGGUUUUGGCCUUUGUAGGGAGUUUUUCCUAGCCACCGUGCUUCUACACCUGCAUUGCUUGCUGUUU